AAGGACCGUGUCUCUUUGUUCCAAUCUCAAUUUCUCUCUCUCCUCCACUCUGUCUGUAUCUGCAGUCUCGCUCUAUCGUUAUUCCAUUACAGUGUUACAGCGGUCUGGAUGAUUGCAAAGAAGGCAAUAUGGCUGUGAACGUCAGCAAGAAUCGACUGAACCUUUUAACCGCCUAUCAAGAUGUUAUCGACGAGACGUCCUCCACCAACUGGGCGCUGUACACGUAUGAAGACAGCACUGAUGACCUGACACUGGCGUCUUCAGGGGAUGGGGGUCUGCCAGAGAUCACAGUGAGCUUCGACAACACCCAGGUCAUGUACGGCUUCUGCAGCAUGAAAGAGCCAAACGCUGUACUGCCACGCUACGUCCUCAUCAACUGGGUUGGUGAGGAUGUCCCGGAUGCCAGGAAGUGUGCGUGUGCCAGUCAUGUGUCCGCGAUCGCAGAUUUCUUUCAGGUCAGUCUCACUGAGGGAGUGGACGUCGUUGUCAAUGCCAGCAGCAUGGAGGAUAUCGACCCCGUGGCUAUCGGCCAGAGACUGACCAACGGGACAGCUGUGAUCGCCAGUCCUGUGCUGAGCCGACUGCGAAUAAGAGAAGAGGAGCAAACGCAGCCUGUGGGCACCUGCUAUGAGAAGACGAAUGCCGAGAUUGAAAUGAAAAAGAUCAAUCGAGAGGAGUUCUGGGAACAAGCCAAGCGUGACGAGGAGAUGCGGAAGGAGGAAGAGAGGAGGAAGGCUCUGGAGGAGAGGCAGCGGUUUGAGGAGGAGCGCAUGGAGCUGGAGAGGAGAGAGCAGGAGGAGCGAGAGAAGAGGUACCGUGAGAGGGAGAUGCAGAUCGAGGAGCACAGGAGACAGCAGCAGAGCAAGGAGGUCGAGGAUGUGCAAGAAAGGACGAAAGACCAGUCAAUUUUUGUAGAACAGGAGGAAGAGGCCAGUCAGCAGCUCAAGAAGAUGGAGUCGGAAGUAGAGGAGGCAGCAGCGAUCAUCGCUCAGAGGACAGACAACCCACGCGAGUACUUCAAGCAGAGAGAGCGGGCCGUGGCCAUCAGUUUCGACAGCUCCCCUCUCUCCAGCCACAGGGCAGGCCGCUUGGAGAGCCCGUUCUUGAAGCUGCACCACAGUCUCCCUGAGCACACCUCGCCCCCCCCUUGCUCCCCGCUGCUGUCGCCCGCCCUGCCCCUCACCCAGCUGCAGCCCAGCCUGCCGGAAGAUGACCUCAUCAAUACCAGCCCUGACCGGAGCCCCACCCCUCUCGUAACUACACCCAUCCCCAGAAUCGUGACCACGCCCAUCUUCGAGGAUCCUGAGGAUGACAAGCAGCUGGACAGCCACAAUGACUGGGCAGCUCCCCCAGCCCCAGAGCCUGCCCUGCCCUCCUGUGUGGACUCGUCCCGGGACAAGCCUGUGCAGAGCGUCGCCCCUCAGAUACACGAGGAGGAGCCCCUCAUCGCAGACCUCCGAGAGAUGAGCCCCAUCCCAGAGCCAGUGCCCUCACCCCAGGACCCCACUGGCAGCCUGCUGGACCUGUGGGACAGCCCUGCCCCUCAAUGUGCUUCGGAGCAGCUGCCCCUGUUUGUGGAGGCCCCUCCCCAGGACCCCUCCUCCUCCGCGCCCCCCCUGCCCUUGCACUCUGAGCCCCCUGUAGCAGAGGAGACCCUCCUGAGCUUCGACGACCUGCCCGAGCCCCCUGCCACAUUCUGUGAGGCCAAGGAGGGGGGAGACAACCCCCCUAGCCUGGUGGACAUCGCCAGCCAGCAACAGAUGACGCUCGACUACCAUCGAGCCCAGCACGAGGAAUCGGGGUCUGACAGCCAGGACAAGGGGGAGCUACUGAUGACCAACGGAGAGACGCUGCAGAAAGAGGGGACACAGGCGAGUGAAGGAUAUUUCAGCCAAUCACAAGAGGAGGAAUUCGCCCAAUCGGAAGAGAGCUCUGCAAAAGGGACCCCGGGACCCAUCUUCUAUAACAAGCCCCCAGAGAUUGACAUCACCUGCUGGGACACGGACCCAGUGACAGAGGAGGACGAGUACGGAGCAGAGGAGUGACGAGGAAGAGACCCCGACAGAAACACUAAUAAUGUAACAAUAAGCCUUGCAUCAAAAAUUAAAUGAAAAAAAAAAAAAAGCUUAGAGUUCUUGUUAAAGGUGCAGCCUGUUUUUAAUUCAAUGAAAUAUAUCAACGGUGAGGAUUGUGGCGAAUCGUGUUGGGAAGGAUCUGCUUAGGAAAGGAAAACCGAACUCUCCUGCUUAAACUUACAAUCAAACUUUUGAUAGCUUUGCAUUAGAUAUUGCCUUUGAUACAGACUUCCUGUCUGGUGUAGUGGGCAGGGCUACACUCGCGUGUUUGUGAUGUUGGGGAUGAGAAGCCCGUAGAAGAAUAAGGAUACAUUUUAAAAAUAAUAAAUACACUAUUUCCACACCCUGUGCCAUUUUUUUUUUUUUUAUUUCUCGUAUUUUCUGAUUUUUGAUACUUGACCAGGGCUAACGAGAAGACUAGCUUGAAGGGGACGGGAGGAUUUUUUUUAUAAUUUUGGGGCGGAGAUUCAGGGAUGUACCCUCCCUCCUUGUGCCAGGUUUACAGGACUGACGCCCUGACUGCUGUACCCUACGGAUUUCAGCUAGAGACACACUGCACUUCUAAAUCAUUCAGUCAGUGUUGGAAUUCAUAUACAUACAGUGCAUGUAGAUGUGUGUUUUAAUUGCACGCUCAAUUCACAUUGUUCAAAGGCUAUUUGCAGCACCAAGUUCACAGAAGAGGAGUCUGUGUUUGAACCCCUACCUGCUUUUGGUCUUCUACCCCCUCUGGAAAUCAGGCUACAGCCAUUCAAAAUCCUGAAGCAGCGACACUGUGCACUUGUAUUUUCCUGCGUACUCCAGUUAUUCCAGAGUUUAAAAUUAAGGGGGUAAUGUUGGUAUUUUAUUUAGAUCUACCUCUGUUAAAUUUAAAACCCCCAACACAGUCCCCAUCGUUAGCAAUCAGUCAGGUCGGUAAUCAAGCUCUUUUGAUCUGCACUGUUCUCUCUGUGACACAAACCCCAGCAGGGGCGGAGUGUGGGGUAUUACUGGAAUUCAUCAUCAGUCCUGUAAAACCAGACCUGCACUCAGGGGGAGCUGUUUGAAACCAGCAAUAAAAACAAUCAAAUCAGUGUUAUUAAUAGUAAUGUGUUGGGAUGGUGUGGCUUUCCUUGGGAGAUUACAGGAUUCGUUUGUGACUGAGGGAAGGGAGAGGGCGGGCUGUGGUUUUUAUGGGGGUGUUUAAUUCUUUUCAGCUUUAGAGAUGGGGGGUCACAAAUGAUUACAAUGGAGCUGGCAUCUUUAACAUUAACUCUGGUCCUUUGAAGUAAUUCUAUUGUAUUCUUCACUUCUAAACUCAGUGGUAGUGUGUAAUCUGUUCUCUCCCUCCACGCUGCUAGGAGAUGAUACCCCCUUGCAAGGCUAGCGGUUUCCUUUUGCCUUUUAUAAUUCAUUUCUUUCUUACCUUUUUCUUCUCCUAUACUCCUUUCUUCUUCCGUCCGCGACUCAUGCGCUGUUUUUCAAAAUAAGCACAAGAUUUUUUUUUUUGUGACAUGCUAAGUGCUGAUGAAUGUUGAUUAAAAGAAUUCCAGAAACCUC